UCAACACUCAAUCAAACAACAACGUCUCCAUCAGCGCUCCUAUAAUGAAUCUCCCUUCAUCACCAUCGCCGGCACACAUCCCCAACCAUCUUUCUAUCGAAGUGCUUUCUUUCCUUCCCGUAAAAUCUCUUAUGCGAAUGAGCUGCUUGAGUAAGUUCUUUAACUCCCUCUUCACCGAUCCUUUAUUCAUCAAAUUGCACCUUCACCGAUCUGCACGAAAACCUCACCUCGCACUAGUCACUUUCAAUAUCGAGACUGUUGUACCCUUCCCAGUACCUCAAUUACUUUCCAACCCUCCGAUCACCCUUACCGAUGAUCCUUGCUACCUUACCGCAGAUCGUGUAUUUAUACCAGAGGAUUUCAUCAUCCGCCAGGUUGUUGGUUCAUGCAACGGUUUGAUCUGCUUGCUCAGUACUGCAACUGAGUAUCGAUACUUAUGGCUCCGUUUCUGGAACCCUUCUACUAGGACAAUUUCAAAACAAUUAGGGAGUAUUCGCUUUUCUCACCAUGUGCUUUAUAGAUUAAGGCCUUACAAGUUCUCAUUUGGUUAUGAUAAUUCAACCGCCAGUUAUAAAGUAGUAUCGUUAAUUGCUCGCACUUGUAGUAUAAUUGGAGUGCAAAUUUUCAGUUUGGGUGAUAAUGUUUGGAGAGACAUUUCAAAUUUUCCAGGGUAUCCUCUUCAAUUGCUCAACCAUCGCCAUAAGGUGAAUGGCGGCGUGUAUUUGAGUGGCACUAUUAAUUGGUUGUCUGCUUCUUACUACCCGGUUAAGUCGGUUGAUCAAUACAUGAUUGUUUCGCUUGAUUUGGGAACUGAGACAUAUAAGCAGAUGCAACUGCCUUCUGGUUUUGAUGAAAUACCUCGCGUUGAUCCAACUAUUGGUGUGUUGAUGGACUGUCUUUGUUUUUCUUAUGAUUUUAAGCAAACGCAUUUUGUUAUAUGGUGGAUGAAGGAAUUUGGAGUUGAAGAGUCUUGGACUCAAUUCCUUAGAGUUAGUUAUGAGAAUCUUCAAAUUGAUUAUAACUUUGGAGUUCAGAGAUUAUAUUUGGUGCCAUUGCAUCUUUCUGAGAAUGGUGAUACAUUGAUACUAGCGAGCGACUUAGAAGACCAAACAAUUCUCUAUAAUAUUAGAGAAAAUAGUGUAAAGAGAACUAGAAUUACCAAUAGAAUGUGUUGGUACUCUACUAAGGAUUAUGUUGAUAGCUUGGUUUCGCCUUCUUGAAAGUAAUCAAAACUCCAACAUCUAGCAGAUGAGCGUUAUUCAUGGUACAUGUCAGGAUGGUGGGAAGAAAUAGGAAGCUUCUUCAAUUAUAGUAUAAGAAAUUUAUGACUCAAUUGUUGCCUUUAUAAAUUUUUAGGAAAUACUUGUAGAAACUUAAUGUUGUUUGUGUAAAGGCAGAUGAAAAUCUCCAACUCUUUGAAUAAUUUGAGCACAUUUUUUUUA